AGGUGUGGCCAUACUCCGGGGAAGCCAACAACCAAGCACCCUCAUGGCUAACUUCAAUCAACUUGUACAGGGAGUAGACCAUGUGUGUCCGACGUGAGGGUCCAGGGUGCUGCCAUAUGAAUAUCUUAGCGGCAGGCUUCGAAAGGAUGGAAAUGUUGCGCUGAUUACACUUGCACACACUUGAUGGUUCAACGAAACCGCGUUCAAGUCAUACGCACCAACACUCACAUAAACAUACUUUUUCUACCUGGUCGUUGUCCCGAAAGAGCCGCGGGUAAACUCAUUUGCCCGUAUUCACCAAGCCACUUAAACCGUUGUUUAAUGACGUCGGGUUUAAAUCGAUCACGUAGUCUCUCCGGCUCUGAAGCUGAAACGCACGCGCACUAUACACAUUGUCACGAGCUGAUUGAGGGGGCGGAGAAAGUAGCUCAAUUUUGCACGCAGGAUCUGCAGACUGCUAACCGUGGUAUCGACAUCAUGACUACAUGGGCUGCUUGACGCUCUACUGGUUAUAUGCCCCUGUGGAGGCUCUAAUUUGUCCAUACAAAUCUGUUGACACAAAACACUGCUCGCAAUAUUUGCUUGUAUGCCUCUGCGGGAUAUUUCUACAUGUACAUUUAUCGAAUAACCAACAUGCUAAAGACAUGCUUGCUUUUUUAAAUCAAAAUUUCUCCCAGUUGACAUGUACAGCAGCACCAUGGAUUGAUGCCGACAAGCAUAACCCGAUCUCACCAGCACAAAAUUGCGCCGAGAAACAAGCUCAUAGCGAUUUCGGAAACAUAGUGCUUUCAUAAUGACACAGAACGCAACAGUGCUUUCCUAGGGAGCUUGCAUCUUUCUGGGCAAGCAAACGAAGCUUUCAAGAGGAUGUAGAGCUUCCUGCAUGUGGUGCCUUUUCCAGAGUGAAACGUGAAAUAUUGUACCUUGUUAAUGCACUGGGACGUCCCACUUAUAACACCAGGUACCCUCCAAGUACUACUAUUCUGGGACGUCACUCUUAACAUUUCACAGGCGAGCAACGUGUUCGAUAUUUAUGCCUUCACAUCCUGGGCAACAUGUACCAUCCUCCGCUGUACAGCUGUAAAGUACAUGGAGGUAUAACUGCUUCAUGCGAUCACCCCCUUCUCCCUCGCUCUUGUGACCUCCGUUUACACGACUGAUGCAUUUUUAACAGGACACACUUAACAGUAAACCAGGAACACCAAGAUCUUUCACAAGUACCGGCGAUCACUAUAGUGUGCAACAAAUCGUUAAAUGUAUCAACUAGAACCAGCAACGACAGCACAGCAAACACUAUUGUUAAUGAUGCAUAACAGUUGACAUCACUAACGUGGACGAUAUCUGUUCUAAAUUUGCAGAGCGGAUUUCAAAAUUCCGCUCCAUACCGAUAACUUUUUUUGGCGGGGGGUUUAUUACCUCACAUACUUCGCUCACGGGUCCAUCACAACGUUCUUUUUCCUUAAUUUCUGCAAUUUCGACUUGAAAAGUAGGCAACAGUAUCUAGCAAAAACUAUUUUGGGUUUUUUCUCGAAAUGCUCAUUUACAGCUGCUCCGCGCUAGACCGGCUUUAAACUACCCCCCCCCCCCCCCUUAGUUUAAAUCUCUCCUAUGCGAAUACAUGAGAGUUAGACCAUUACUAGAUCGCCGGGUUUAUGCCGUGUGAACGGCGAAAAAAAUGACAUUGCGGGCAAAUAUUCAUUGGAGUGCAACCACAUCCGCCUAACGAACGCUUCUAGUCGACAGGUAAGUCUAAACUUACCAGUAAUUCGCCUAAAAAUUUCCGGCGAAGCGUAGAUUAGGCCUAUGCAUUGCGCACACAAACUCCAUGGAGGCCACCAAGGGCCUCACGGCAGUCGGCUUAGAACAGCAGGGUGGUGAUUGGUGGUUUGCGGACGAAGUUCUCAGACGUCACUAAACCAGUGACUAAGUGGGACUGCUGAAUACGGGAAAGUAAAUCUUCCCGGACAAUAAACCGCAUCGUCUGCGUGUCAUCAGACGCCAGACAAUGAUGGAUAGCGUGGGAAAACCAAUCUGAAAUGGCGCGCUCACUCUGCGAUUUCCUAGUUCUGGUACCAUCUCCACCACCACACACUAACAGCUGCGACUUCGCUCCAAUUUCCAGCUACCGAUCAUUUUUACUAUGUAUCCUAACGUAUGCAUUGCAUUGUCGUGUUCAUCACGUGCGUCCAGGUUCGUACUGUGCGUGUGUAGACGGUGUGGACAAACAUUACUGUUCGGUCGCUGCUAUUGAAUGGAAUAGGCUCCCUAGUGCGCCGAAAUGAAUGUCUCAGUAAUUAAGCCAGACGCAUUGGUGUACCGAGCAACUCUUAAUCGUAAUAUAAUGGACCCAAACGUAUGCAGGGCUACAGGACCGUCACCCUGGCAGGGACCUGGCAUGCCGUCUAUGCAGUCAUCAUUCGUUGAGUCGCUGUCAUUCAGGCAUGUGACUGGGUUCCAACCGCUGCCUUUGAAAACAGCGGAAGUGCUCUCUUUUAGCGCUGCGGCCCUUAUAACUGCCUACACGGAUGCUUAUAGACCACUCACAGCUCUAUGCCGGAGUGUCACCCAGGCGAAUCCAAAAGAAUUGGUGUGCCAAAAGGAACGAUAUCAUGAUAUAGUGAUCAAACGUAAUUUGUACCUUGAAACCGACACCAUCCGAUUCGACAAAUGGGGCGGUACGUUUGACAUCACUGUCAAAGUAGCGUACGACUCGGAUUGCACUAUGUCGGCAAAGAUGUGUUGGUCUUUCCAAAACCAUAACUUCACGGGCGGCUACGUCAUCUUCGACGUCCACUUUCACUACCUGUGUUCAGCACCACCACCAUUCGUAGAUUCCAAGGGUGACUUUGGCGUUGUGAAGCGGGCAAAAGUUAAUAUGAACAAGAACUACCAGGGGAUAAAGUGCGGGGACUCGUGCUGAUAAGCUCAUGUGAAGAAUGUGAUUACCGUUUGGAUGCGGAGUAUUGUUUACAUGGCCGUGAAGCAAUCUGAUGUGAUAUGAUGCAAUAUAUGAUGUUUCAUCCAUGA